UAAAGAAGGCGCUGCGGUCGUCUUCAUACACGUUCAGUCACCUUUUAUUAAACCCAAAUAGUGGAGGUGUAGUUUCCAAUUUAGAAAUAUAUUUAUAACAGGUUGAUUUCUUUUUAUGUUUACGUAUUGACUUGAUAAUUUCAUGAACCAAGCUGCAUGUUUAUUGUUAAAGAAAAAUGAAUGUGAUGAUCAAAAAUCCAAUGGUGUAUUGUAUCUUUGAAAAUCAAGUCUGUUUCAAGAUUGACUGCAACAUUUCUCCUUGACUGCAUAUCUUAUUUGAAAACUAUACUUCAUGAGUUUGAUAUCUUUUUGUAUUUUGUCAUAAUGAAGUGCUUAAGAAGUCAUUAUGCAUGAUUUAUUUGCUCAAGUACUCAACAACCGAGAUCUUUCUCGGGCAGGAGACUUGUUUUCUAUUGAUGAUAAAAGUGUUGUUAAUGAUCUGUCUGAAGUUCUUUCUAAAAUACAAGAUAUUGCCAGUGCCUCAGAUUUCAUCCAUAAUGAUAAUAAUCAAAGUGUAGUAGAAAUAUGCAUUACCAGGGCAACAUCAGCCAUUAGGGAAACUGGUACUAUAGAAUAUCAUGCAAAAGCUAUGGUUACACUUCUUGAAUCUUGUUUGAAUCAUGAUCUUAGACCUUCUGCAAAAGAUGAGGAUCCACCUCAUGCCAAAAUUGCUUCAGAUAUAGUUAGUUGCAUCUUUCUUAACCAUAGCAAGAAAAAUGUAAUGAGGUUAGCACUUCCUGUAGCUGUGAAAUUUCUGCAUCGAGGAAAUAAGGAAUUGAGCCGAAACUUAUCCAGUUAUCUAUCUUUGGCAGCAAUUAAUAAUGCUGAACUACUUGCACCUCAUAUUCAGCCAAUUAUUGACAGCAUUAUUAGUGGUAAUUAUUCGCUGGCUCGAGUUUUACCACAGAUUUAUGCAGUUAAUAAAGAACCUAUUCAUGAUCAUGUUAUGGCUUUAGUGUCAUUAUUACCACAGUGUGAAAAUUCUGAAAAACUUAGCCUUUUGAACCUGUUUGGCUUGAUUGCUAAACAUAAACCUUCACUUUUGGAGAGCAAUCUUCCUCAGCUGAGUGAAUGUCUUACAAUUUCCAGCACAGCAACUUCUGUUUUACAAAUAUUUUUAGAUAUGGCAGCUGUAAGGCCACAAUCUUUUACUGAACACAUUCAAAAAAUAAAGAUGGCUGCCGAACAACAACCAGGAACAAUUACGUUGGUAGCCAGAAUGUUAGGAAUAAUUGGAAAAUUAAAUAAAAAGUAUAGUAAUUAUGUAAACAUUGUAUUAAUAAUGACUGGAUUUUUUAGGUCACAACAUCUAAUAAAUCAAACUUCAGGUGGUGUUACAAUAGUGAAAGUUGGUGGUAGUAAACAAGAGUUAACAACAAUUACCCAAACAACAACAACAGUAUCCACAGUACAAUCAUUAUCGCCUUCAUCAGGAUUUAUUUCUCCUAUUUUGAUGAAACCAAAUAUUCAGCAUGGUGGUAUGAGAGGAAGUCGAUCAAAUUUAAUUAUAUCAAGACAAAAUCCAGUCCUUCCGCCUGAAGCUAGAUCUAUGACUCAACUCAGUUCUCUGCAGGCAGUUAAUUGUAGUAUGGGCCGCUUACCUUCAAUGAAUACUUCAAUACAUAUUUCUAGUGGAAGUAUGCCAACAUUACAGGAAGAAGCACCAACUUCUGUUACAGUUUCUAUCAAUAGUGCCAUUCCUCAUUCAAAUCCUGGUCAAGAUGGGCCAUCUCUGCAUCCAAGUCAAUCAACUUCUCCAACUACCUCUGCAAGUCAGUCUGCUAUUACUCCUGUAACUUCUCAUAACCAACAGGCAGUAACAGUUUCACUUAAUUCAACAACUGUGCCAUCAUCUGCUGUUACAUCUAUUUCACAUAGUCCUAAAAUGAGAAAUAAUACAAGUGUUACUCUGAUUACACAUACAGGAUCAGCAAAUCCACAGAGGAUUUCAGUUUUUGAGCCGUAUCCUAUGCGAGAUGCUGUUCAACACUUCUGUGAGAAACAUCUUGAUAAAAUUAAAGCCUAUAUGCAAAAAAUAUUUGUUAAAAUACCCCUUCCUGUAAAAUGCACAAUUGAAGGUAAGCAUGAUUUUAAAUUACUAGCAAGAGCAUCAUCUGCUUUAAGUACUCGUGAAGCAUCUGUUGGAAGUCUGAAAAACUGUUGGGAUACUUUAAAGGCUGACAAUAAAACAUUUUUGACACUUGUUACAUCUGCUUUUCCAUCUGCAAAGGAUAAUGAUAUGUUGAUCAAUGAACUGAGAAAUUACAGAUUUUUUGAUGUCUUUGAAUAUAAUGGACCCAAAAAUAUUUGGGGGUGUUUUCUUUGUAACCAUCCAGAAAGAGCACUUGGCUUCUUGCAAACAAAUGAACCUGUGAUUGAGGGCCAAUUAAAAGAGAAAAAAGGAAGGUGGAAAUUAUUUCGUCGCUGGAGAACUAGAUAUUUUACUUUAUCAGGUGCACAUCUUUCCUAUAGAGGUUCGAAAGGUGAUAAGGAAGUGUCUCCUAUCGAAGUUAGUCAAAUUCGUAGCGUGAGGGCAAUAAGUAGCCGUCGCAACAUACCAAAAGCUUUUGAAAUAUUUACAGAUGACAGGACUUUUGUUCUUAAAGCAAAAGAUAGCAAAAAUACAGAACAGUGGGUUCAAUGUAUAUCCAUUGCUAUGGCUCAUUCUCAUGCUAAAGAUACUACCCAUUAAAUGUAUACGUGUAAAUGUAAAGAUUAAUAUUUUUAAUCUGAAUGGCUCAAAAAAAAAAAAAAAUGCAAUUGUAUAGUUUCUUUUUACAAGAAUUGUAAAAUUUUAUAAAUUGAUUC